CGGAGCCCACCCGGCCCCGCGCCUCCCGCGGGUCCCCUCCGGAGCCGGGCGGGAGGCUCGGCCGGGCGCCUCGCGUGUCCUCCAGGAGGCUCCCCGGGGCUGCCCCGGCCGGGGCGAGGAGCCAACGCCGCCCCGCCGCAACAAUGCCCGGCGUGGCUUUGGGGCUGCGGUGCCGCUGCCCCGGGGGUCCCCUUCACCCGGCCGGGGGUCACCGGGGACCUGCACCGCAAACGGGGGGGCGAGUCCUGCGCUCGCUUCUAGAAGCGGGGUGAAAACCACCCAGAACCGGCCCGUGGUGCCAAAGCCCAGCCCCGUCCCGCGGUGCCAGGGCAGGGGCUGCCGGGGGCUCGGGCCGGGUGUGAGUGCGGCGCUGGCUCCUGCCCGCUCCUCGCCGGGCCCAGCCAUCCUCGCCGGCCGCUCCUGGGCUCGCUGGGCUGUUUCACGAUGGACAGCCAAACAAACUUCUUCACCUUGGAGCUACAAAUAUUGGUGAUUUGAGAUUGACGCUCAUCCCCCACUGUUCCCACGCAAGCAAGGACCAGAAAAAUGAAUAUCCAGGGGAAAGGCUUCCCCUUGGACCUCGGAGGAAGCUUCACUGAAGAUGCUCCAAGGCCACCGGUUCCUGGUGAGGAGGGGGAGCUCGUGUCCACAGACCCAAGGCCAGUUAGCCAUGGUUUCUACUCCGGUAAAAGUGAUGUGGUCAGAAAUGAGACGUCCACGGCAACACCGAGGCGCUCCGAUUUGGAUUUGGGGUACGAGCCCGAGGGAAGUGCUUCACCAACUCCACCCUACCUGAAGUGGGCCGAGUCACUGCACUCCUUGCUGGAUGAUCAAGAUGGCAUCAACCUCUUCAGGACUUUCCUGAAACAGGAGGACUGUGCAGAUCUGCUGGACUUUUGGUUUGCCUGCAGUGGCUUCAGGAAGCUGGAGCCCUGCGUGUCUAAUGAGGAAAAAAGACUCAAGCUGGCAAAAGCCAUUUACAAAAAAUACAUCCUCGACAACAAUGGCAUUGUGUCCCGGCAGAUCAAACCGGCCACAAAAAGCUUCAUCAAAGACUGUGUCAUGAAACUGCAGAUUGACCCUGACAUGUUUGACCAGGCCCAAACGGAGAUUCAGUGCAUGAUAGAAGACAAUACCUACCCUUUGUUCCUUAAGUCGGAUAUUUAUUUGGAAUACACAAGGACAGGUGGGGAAAGUCCAAAAAUUUAUAGCGAUCCGAGCUCGGGAUCUGGGACAGGUAAAGGGCUGCCUGGUUAUCUGCCAACUCUGAACGAGGAUGAGGAGUGGAAGUGUGACCAAGAGGCCGAGCCCGAGGCCAGCAGGGACUCAGCGCCUUCCAGCAGGCUCACGCAGAAGCUGCUUCUGGAGACGGCCACGCAGCGCGCAGCCUCAGCCCGGCGCUACAGCGAGGGCAGGGAGUUCAGGCAUGGGUCAUGGAGAGAGCCUGUUAACCCCUACUAUGUCAACACGGGCUAUGCUUUGGCACCGGCCACCAGUGCCAACGACAGCGAGCAGCAGAGCAUGUCCAGCGACGCCGACACCAUGUCCCUGACAGACAGCAGCGUGGAUGGGAUCCCACCGUACAGACUCCGAAAGCAGCAUCGCAGAGAGAUGCAAGAAAGUGCCAAAGCAAAUGGACGCGUGCCACUACCUCACAUUCCUCGUACCUACCGAAUGCCAAAGGAUAUCCACGUGGAACCAGAGAAGUUUGCUGCAGAGCUGAUCAACCGUUUGGAGGAAGUACAGAAGGAACGUGAAGCAGAGGAGAAGUUGGAGGAGCGCCUUAAACGCGUUCGAGCGGAAGAAGAAGGUGAGGAUGCAGAUAUCUCUUCUGGUCCCUCAGUCAUGAGCCACAAGAUGCCUUCUGCCCAAGCCUUCCAUCACUUUGCUCCUCGUUAUGCUGAGAUGGGCUGUGCUGGGAUGCAGGUGAGAGAUGCCCAUGAAGAAAACCCCGAAAGCAUCCUGGAUGAACACGUGCAGCGUGUGAUGAAAACUCCAGGCUGCCAAUCUCCAGGACCUGGUCGUCACUCUCCUAAGCCACGGUCCCCAGAAAGUGGCCACUUAGGAAAGCUGUCAGGGACACUAGGAACAAUUCCUCCAGGGCAUGGCAAGCACGCACCAAAAUCAGGAAUGAAACUGGAUGCAGCUAACUUAUACCACCAUAAACAUGUCUACCACCACAUCCAUCACCACAACAUGAUGAAACCAAAAGAGCAGAUCGAGGCUGAGGCCACGCAGCGGGUGCAGAACAGCUUUGCUUGGAAUGUAGAUUCACAUAACUAUGCAACAAAGUCACGAAACUACAGUGAAAACUUGGGCAUGGCCCCUGUCCCCAUGGACUCUUUAGGCUACAGUGGGAAAGCAAGUCUGCUCUCAAAAAGGAAUGUUAAGAAGACCGAUUCAGGGAAAAGUGAUGGUGCCAACUAUGAGAUGCCAGGUUCUCCUGAAGACGUGGAGAAAAACCAGAAGAUCCUUCAGUGGAUCAUAGAAGGAGAGAAGGAGAUCAGCAGGCAUAAGAAAACAAACCAUGGCUCUUCAGGUGCUAAGAAGCAGCUGUCCCACGACAUGGUCCGGCCCCUGUCCAUCGAGCGACCGGUGACAGUGCACCCGUGGGUCAGCGCCCAGCUCCGCAACGUCGUCCAGCCUUCCCACCCCUUCAUUCAAGAUCCUACCAUGCCACCCAACCCAGCCCCCAACCCUCUCACCCAAUUGGAGGAAGCUCGCAGGAGGUUGGAAGAGGAGGAAAAAAGGGCUGGAAAGCUCCCCCUUAAGCAAAGCAGGUUGAAGCCCCAGAAGAGGCCGGGCGGCGGCGCGGCGCAGCCCUGCGAGAACAUCGUGGUGGCCUAUUACUUCUGCGGGGAGCCCAUCCCCUACCGCACCCUCGUCAAGGGCCGCGUGGUGACGCUGGGACAGUUCAAGGAGCUGCUGACCAAGAAAGGGAACUACAGGUAUUACUUUAAGAAAGUGAGCGACGAGUUCGACUGUGGUGUGGUCUUCGAGGAGGUGCGGGAGGAUGACACCAUCCUGCCCAUCUUCGAAGAGAAGAUCAUUGGGAAGGUGGAGAAGAUUGAUUAGGCUCCAGGGCAGUGAGGACAGGACUGUGAAGGACUCUGGGACCGGAGGAGAAGGCCUGGGGCGGAUGCUGGCAGUGCUGCCACCACGGGCACCAGGCGAGCCCAGAGCAGAGGGCGGCAGCUCUGCUUUCCAGCACGGAUCUGGGCAAGCUCCAGGAUGCCAGUGGAUGCCCUUUCACCCCACAAACCUGCCAGUGGGAGCCUGGGCUCCCUCUCCAUACCGAAUAUAAGUGUAAUGUAGCAUUGUACAGUGCAUUAGAAAGUGUAAUAUGACCUUGUUUACUAAAGCUGCAUAUUUUUGAUAUAUUGUAAUAAAAGGAAAAUAUUUCCAA